AUGGCCAGUGCUGGAGCUGCUAAACAACUCUACCGUCUGAGUGUCGUCAAUAUUCCUUGGACAAUUGGUGACUUGCAAUUGAAACAAUACUUUUCACAAUUUGGACGCAUUGCCCAGUCUAAAGUUCUCUUUGACCGUAACACUGGACUAAGUAAGCACGUUGCUGUUGUUGAUGUUGCUGACAAAGACACUUACGAAAAUAUUCUCACUAAAACAACCCACAGUUUGGACGGCAUGGAUUUCUACGUCCGCAAGUGGAAUGAAAAUUGA